AAUGAAGAGGAAAUUGUGGAAAUUUUACACUAGAUUGCUCCUUUUCUAUUGUUUUAUGACUGCAUUUACCAAAGGAGACAAUGCAAGAUAUUAUUAUUGGAGUUUUGAUGAAGGAGAAUUUAAUGGAAUUGGUGAAACUCCUGCAAUUUCUGGAGAGGACGCCUCCAACGAAAUUCAAUUGUCUAGUUCGGAUAUUGUUUCGGGAAAAUCUCUCAACUUUUCAACAAAUUACUAUAUAGAUUUGACCACCAGACGAGACGAAUGCCUACUAUCACCAGAUUUAUGCGUUAAUGGUCAUACUUAUUGUUUGUGGGUGAAAACCCUUCAAAAUACGAGUGGUUGGCAUUAUUAUUUCACCAAUGGAGGGAAUAUUGAAGACAGUAAAGGUGUUAGUUUUUAUCAUUUCAACGGUGAUUUAGUAAUAAAACUUUCCGAUGGUUCAUUUUACUAUUUUCUCUAUCAUUCUAUUGAUUUUAAUAAAUUUUGGAAUCACUACUGUUGGACAUGGAAUACUUCUAGUCCUAUAGAAUUGUUCAUAAAUGGAACUUCUGCAACGAAAUCCACCUCUAAACAGUCGAAAAAUGUAUCAACCUCUAAAACGUUUCCCUUACGUUUUGGAGCAAACUGCGAAUAUUCACAUCCAUCUAUUUACAAUCAUUACUACGCAAGUAGCUUAUUUGACGAAUUUUGGUUCUGGGAAGUGCAGAAGAGCAAAGAAUUCGUUCUAAAUGCUUUUCAACUAACAUUAGAAUUCAUCAACCAAGGUAUGCUUAUACAAUCUUCUGUCAUGCUAUUCAUCAUUAAUAACCCUCCGCACAAACAAUAA